AUGCUUGAGAGCUACGAACGUCAAAAAAUCCUGGAAGAGUCUGCCUUGGAUGCUGCAGUUGCAAGAUGGAAGCAUGACCACGAAACGACGGUCAAUCGCGGAAAGUUGAAUCCAUUGAAGAAGUCACUUAACGCUUUGCUUUGGGAAUGGCAUCAGGCGUUGGUCCCGUUAAUCGAGGACGAAGUUCGCAGAUGUAAGGAGGCCCAAAAAAACACUACUGCGGCAAGCGGAGCUGACGUGGACCGUCUGGCGUAUGGACCAUGUCUGUUGCUUCUGUCCCCCGAGCAGUUAAGUACCAUUACAAUCCUGGAACUUCUCCGUCUUCAAGGUACAGGUGGUGUUGCGGAGGGCAUGAGAGUCGCGCGUGCCGUUCUCAGUCUCGGAAAGCAGGUGGAGAGUGAGGCCCAGGCCGACAUGUUGAAGGAACAGGCAGACAAUGGCAUCCUUGUCGGCGACAUGAAAACGAUCUUUAGCAAUGAAAAAGCCUUUGCCCUCGCAAAAGCGAAAGCCAAAGCACGUGCAAAAGGCGAUAUGGCGACUCCGGACACUGAAUGGAGACCCGAUUGGCCUCAUACACUACGUGCCCGUGUUGGCUCCGUUCUCAUAUCGUUGUUGAUGCAUGUCGCGAAAGUUCCCAAUGAGGCCGAUGACAGCGUUACAGGCGAGAAGCUUGUGGAAGUAACACCUGCUUUCUAUCACGCAUAUCAGUAUUCCAACGGUAAGAAGCUCGGUGUCAUCAAAAUGCACCCUGCUCUCAUGCGCCACCUCGGCACCGAUCCCAUGCGCGGUAACGUACACCCUCGGUUGUUGCCCAUGGUUGUUCCUCCUCGUCCUUGGCUAUCUUGGAAUAAUGGUGGUUAUCUUAGAGCCAAAACGCGUGUCAUGCGUACUAGAGAUGCGCCUGAGCAAUUGCUCUACCUAAAAAAGGCUUCAGAUCGGGGUGAUUUGGAUCUUGUGUUUGCCGGUCUGGAUGUUCUGGGCCGCACUGCAUGGGCAAUUAAUCGAAGAGUCUUAGAUGUGGCUGUAACGGUUUGGAAUACUGGUGAAGCCAUUGCUUCUAUACCCGCUACCGACACAAAUUUUGAGUACCCAUCGGAGCCUCCGCCAGACUGCGAUCCCGCAAUCAGGGCCAUGUACGUGAGGAAGUGUAAGGAAGUGGCGCAUGCUAAUCAGAACAAGCAUUCUCUUCGCUGCGAUGUGAACUACAAGCUGGAGAUUGCCCGAGCCUUCGUGAAUGAGAAGAUGUACUUUCCGCACAAUAUCGACUUCCGUGGGCGCGCGUAUCCCAUUCCUCCACACUUCAAUCACCUUGGCAAUGACUUGUGUCGAGGUCUUCUGGUCUUCCACGAAGGGAAAGAACUGGGAGAGGAGGGCUUGAGGUGGCUCAAAAUUCACAUGGCAAACGUUCGUGGAUUUGACAAAGCGAGCUUCAGUGAGCGUGCAGCAUAUACCAUGGAGAAUUUGGAACAUAUCUUUGAUUCCGCCGAUAAACCUUUGGGCGGUAAAAGAUGGUGGCUGGAAGCCGAAGAUCCAUGGCAAUGUUUAGCUACCUGCUUCGAGCUGGCUGAUGCUUUGAGGUCGCCCAAUCCCGAGAAAUACAUCUCUCGAAUGCCCGUGCACCAGGACGGUACAUGCAACGGGUUGCAACAUUAUGCAGCAUUAGGUGGUGAUAUUGUUGGAGCAAAGCAAGUCAACCUUGAACCUAGCGACUCACCUCAGGACGUUUACACCGGUGUCGCAAACCUUGUCGCGGCUGAGGUUGAGAGAGAUGCGGCCGCCGGGAAUAGCAACGCUCAGGAACUGGUGGGUAAGAUUACCAGGAAGGUUGUCAAGCAGACUGUUAUGACCAACGUUUAUGGUGUUACAUGGAUUGGUGCGCGUGAUCAGAUUGAGGGUCAACUUAGGGACGUCGGUAUUCCUGACGACCGUGCCUUCGUUCUGGCAGCGUACGUUACGAAGAUCGUCUUCUCGGCCAUGAAGAGUAUGUUUUCGGGCGCUCACAUGAUUCAGGAUUGGUUGUCUGACGCUGCCAAGAUUAUUGCCAAGGCCCACCCUAUCGAUGCGGACGAUGAUACCAACAUGACUGCUGUCAUUUGGACUACACCCCUGAACUUGCCAGUCGUUCAACCUUACCGCAAGAUUUCGCGUAAACAAAUCAAGACCAACUUGCAGACAGUGUUUAUUUCCAACCCGGAUGCCAUGAACGAGGUUGAUGUCAGGAAGCAGCGUACCGCGUUCCCGCCUAACUUUAUCCAUUCGCUGGAUGCGACCCACAUGCUAAUGUCUGCCCUCGCCACCUCCGAAGCAGGUAUUACCUUCGCUGCCGUGCACGAUUCUUACUGGACGCAUGCCUCUGAUGUGGAUAAGAUGAACGUCAUGCUCCGGGACGCGUUCGUUCGAUUGCACCAGGACGAUAUCAUGGGUAACCUGAAACGAGAGUUCGAGGAGCGGUACAAGGGAUACAAGACGCAAAUGUCUGCUUUGGCUGAUUCGGCGGAGGGUAAGGCAGUCUUGGCCCAGCGAGCCUCCAAGAGCCGUACGAAGUCUACGGAGGCCGAUGUUGCCGAUGUUGCCGAUGUUGCCGAUGUUGCCGAUGUUGCUGACGUUGCUGACGUUGCUGAAGCCGCGUCGCCGACUUCGGCUGUGGAGGCUAUGUUCGCUGAGGAAGCAGCGCCGAAGAAAAACAAGUCGGUGAAAUGGUGGGGUGAUCUCGUGUUCCGCCCCUUGCCAGCAAAGGGUGAAUGGGACGUGCAGAACCUGAAGCAGUCACAGUACUUCUUUUCGUAG